CCGCUCGAGCUCCCAUUCACUACGGAUUUGUCGAGUUAACCUGACCUCCAUACGGUUCAUACUCCUCUGCGAAUCUACUUGUUUUCUUUCUUUUACCGCAUGCGUAAAGGUGUUUUGUUUAAGCGUGCAAAGCUCCAAGUGCGCAGGACGAGCUUUUUCUCUGUGAACUUUUUUUUUUUUUUUUUUUUGCACAACCUACCUGAGUUGUGCUUCUCUCUUCUCUGUCUCUGCACGCCUCCUCUCCUCUCCGCCAUGGAUUGUGUUUGGAUUGUGGGCUUCGUUGUGAGCCUCUGCGCCUGGUUUGCUUCAGCAGAGCGACACAGCGUCUACUGGAACAGCACCAACCCAAAGUUCCUAUGGGACGACUACACCGUGGAGGUGAAGCUCAACGACUACCUGGACAUCGUCUGCCCCCAUUACCCUCAGGGUGAGGUGCCGCUGCUGGAUGCUGAGCGAUACGUGCUCUACAUGGUGGAGCGCGAGGACUACGAUUCCUGCAAGCCCCAGUCGUACGACCAGAUGCGUUGGGAGUGCGGCCAUCCGUUCGCUCCUCACGCCCCCGAGAAGUUCUCGGAAAAGUUCCAGCGUUUUACUCCGUUUACUCUGGGAAAGGAGUUCCGCCAAGGAGAAAGCUACUAUUAUAUCUCCAAACCUUUGCACCACCAUGGACAGGAGUGCCUCAGGCUCAGGGUGGACGUCGUAGCUGCUGACGGCUCUCAAGAGGCCAGAGUGGCUAAAGGAGGCACAGGAGGUGGGGCUGGAGUCGGAGCCGGGGGUGGGGUUCACAACCCGUCCAACAGACUGCCUGCAGCAGAUGACCCAGUGGUAAUCCUGCCAGACGUCCAGAAGAGUGUACGGUCAAACUCUCCAUUGACGGCGUCAUCCCUCUCGAUCCUCUCACUGCUGGUCCCGUUUUCAUUACUGCUAUUGUUGCACUGAGAGCACACGGAAAAGGACUGCUGUUAGCAGCCUUCUUUUUUUCAGGGACUACAAUGAAGACAGUCCGUGGGGAUGAAACCACUGACUCAAAAAAGACAGUGCCCAGUGCUGGCCACGUGGGGAGAGACUUUUGAAGCUUGUAAAGUACAGAUGGACUCGCAUUGCACUACACGUGUGCUGAGCAACUCCUGAGCAUUUUGAGACAGAGUACGUCUUAUUUUUCAAAAGUUUUUUUUUUUUUUUUUUUCUCGGAGCUCUCCUUGAUUUGUAUUUUUUUAGGGCCAAAAACUUGAACAUCUUUCAGAUGAUAACCCUAGAAGACAAUAUGAAGAAGUUGGAUAUAAAAGUGGCCGAAGAACAAUCAAGAGCAAAGACGCCGACUCGGUUUGAAUUCUAUAAAUUUAGAUGGGAUGAAUCCACAUUCAACGGAAAACGUAAUCUUACCUUUUGAGCCAAAGAUCAGUCAUCUCUCCAACUUGUACACUAUUCCACCCUUUGAGUAUCGUGUACUAUUUGUUGUAUUGUUAUCGUGACGGUAUUGAGUGGCAUUGACGUCCCGAGUGAUUCUCUUAAAUGUAGCAUUGACAGACACGGAGGGGCUGUUCUCAUCAUGACUACCAUUCCUUUGCGAACUCGACCAUGUGCUUAUAUACUGUAGCACUAAUACUGCACAGUACAGACACGCCAACACACACUCCACAACAGUGUUCCACACACACACUGACAUCAUGACAUGAAAACACACCACAUUGAACUGUGUUAUGUGUACAUUCUGUGAAGAUAAUUUAUAACAUUUGCAGCUGAGAUGUUUUACUGUAUAUACCAUGUGCUCACGAAAAAGAAAUGUUUACUGUUGGCAACGUGGGAGAGCUUUUCCCUCUCUCUCUCUCUGCUGGUAGAGGUAGUUCUCGUGUGAAAGGGAUAAAUGUGUGAGUUGAGUAAGAAAAAGGGAGCGCUUGAUUUGAAAGAGUGAUGAGACGAAAAUGUUUUUUCUGCCAAAAGCGAACACUGAGAUGUUGUGUGCGUCGCAGAGAGGCUGGACUUCUCUGUUUGUUGGAUCUUGCCGCUGUAUCGGUCAAACUGUCUUGACAUGAAAAUGCUGGUAUCUUUUUAUUACUACAGGACCCAACCCUGUGUAUCAUGGUGCUUUCCCCCCUUCAUACUUUCAAACACAAACUUCAAAAACACAAAGUUCAGCUACUUUCAGAAUAACUAUCACAGUUUUUUUGGAUGAUUUGAAAUCGUUAUAGUUCACAACAAGACAAGACGCGGCGUCAAACCGAGUUGCCAAGCACAUGUUCACCCGACAGGCUGGCUCGAUCAACAAAGCACAACAGUGUAUGACUACCAUUGAAGUCAGUCUUUUUUUAUCUGAAUUCUUGUUACCUAAUUUUUGUACAUGUGUAAGUAAAGAAAAAGUGUAUGAUAUGUAUAUAUUUAUAUAUAUAUAAAUAUAGAAGAUUAUAUAAAAAGACCCGUUUGAUAAAUAUGCUAAAUGUGAAAAUUUCAUGUGAAAUAAAAAAAAAGAUAUUUUUGGAAAACCA